AUUUGAAGUUUGCACCGAGAGGAUUUGUUGUUAUGAAGACUUUGGCUUGAAGGGAAAUGAACAGCAUGGAAGGAUCCAGUUUUGGGAUAGACACUAUACUCUCCAACGCUGGUUCUGUCAGCCCUGCUAUGUUGAAUGGAGACUUUAGGGAUGGCAGGGGGGCGGAUUUUAGGAACCAGGGCCCGCUGUCACCCAGCUCGGAAAUAGACACUGUGGGGGGGAGUUCCCCUUCAUCUCCUAUCUCAGUGACUAUGGACUCUGCAGAUCAGCACCGGCUGGUGGAUAGCGCCCAUCAUCAGGCUCAGCAUCUCCAUCACCUCCACCACAGCCAGCAACAAUCCCCCUCCUCACAGCAGCAGCAGGCUCAGUCAGGCUCUGCUCCCAGGACUUCCACUUCUUCCUUCUUAAUUAAGGACAUUUUGGGAGACAGCAAACCUUUGGCAGCCUGUGCCCCUUACAGUACCAGUGUGCCGUCCCCUCACCACACUCCUAAACACGAAGGCAAUGUACCCACAGAAAGUUUUAGGCCCAAACUAGAGCAGGAGAUGUCAGAUGGGAAGGGGAAGCAGGACAAAAUCAGAGAAGACUUACAUACAGACAUGAAAGGACAUGGUGAGUUUUAACUAUAUAUUUUUUAUUUAUUUAAAUUAAUUUGUUAUUAUUAUUAAAUAUAUAUUAUUUUAUAGGGAUAAAUACUGGGUUCUUGCACAAUAAUUAUUACCCCAGAAAAUCAAUCUGGUAUAAUAAAAAUGAAAUGCUGGGUUCUUGAACGAGAAAUAUUAACCGAGAGAAUUAAACCGCUAUACCAAAAUAUAUACAGUGAAAUGUGUAGAUAUGAAAAUUACAGAUAAAAUAUUAGCUUUAAUAUUUUAAAAUUCUCUUUCAGAGAUGUCCUUUAUGUAAAUCAAUCCGUAGAGGAAAAAUAAAAAAAGCAUUGAGUCUGGUUGCAAAUAAAUUAAAUAAAUUCCUUGUUAAAUGGCAGGUGCACAUAUGUAUAUUGUAUAUAUAUAUAUGUAUAUUCUGCGACUUCAAGUAUUUCUCAUUUAAUAUUAUUUAACUUAAAAUACACAUUUUGUGUAGAAAUCUAAGUUGGAAGGGGAAACAACACAUAUAAACAUAGUUAAGAAAUAAUAUGUUUAUAACGUGCACAUUUUUAUUAUAAAAAUGUUUUUUUAAAUAGAUAUUAUUACUUUUUUAAUGAUCUGAAAACUGCAUUCAUAAUUAAUACUAUAAAUACGUUUUGCUAAAGAAAAAAUUAAUAAAUUAAUAUAAGUAAAUUAAUAUAAAUUCGACCAGGCUAGGCUCAUAAAUCAGAGCGUUUCAGCACCUGGAGUUCAUGCAAUAAUGUAUUAAUUUACACAUAAUCCCAUGUUAAAUAAGGGGUUGAUGAUUGGAAACUGCUGUGCUAAUUAAUGGAUCUCGCUUUCUUUUUUUUUUUUUUUCUUCUUCUUUUUUUUUAUUGUACAAUUGUUCUGUUACAGUGAUUUUUAAAUAAGUGGGGGGUGGGGGGGGAGGGGGGGUUCAUGGAGAAUAAAGUAAACCCCCAUAAGAACUGUCACACUGAGAUUCGUAUUAAUAAAUCAAAUGGUGAUUCAUUUUGGUAUUGUAAUUUUUCUUUUUUUAACAUUAGUGAUCAAAAACAGAUGUACAGUCUGGCCUGGUGAUUUUUUGUGUGUGCACGGUCCUCCCCAGUGGUUCAAUUAGAGAGAUUAUGGUUCUUCCUGCAGGGAAGAUAAAGGAGUGAUGAAAAAUACUGGUACAAACAGAAAUGCUUUUGACAUAUUGAUUCCUUUUCAUUUCAGACAAAAAAAUAAAUAAAAAAUAAGUAUAAAAAACAAAACAAAAAAAAAAGCACAUAUAAAAUUUAAAAUAGAAUCUUGGAAUACCAAAUCCGAAUUUUCGUUAGCAUUCAGUUCCUUAAAUCUGAUCUGUAAAGCUGGUGUCAUGACUUCUCUCUAAUACAACAGCUGUGACAACAGGAGAAUUUUUUUUUUAAAUAAGAAAUUGAGUCAUUUAGUCUUAAUAUUAAUUUCACGAAUUUGUAACAUUGUUUCAAAUUUUAAUAUCUAUCUAUCUAUCUAUCUAUCUAUCUAUCUAUCUAUCUAUCUAUCUGUCUAUUUAUGAUGAUAACUUGUGUUGUGGUAGUUAGUAGUUGGUUUGUGUAUUUAAUGGAUUUCUUCCAUUAGGUACUAAAGAAGAGGGGGAUCGGGAGAUUACAAGCAGCCGAGACAGUCCGCCGGUUCGAGCUAAGAAGCCGAGGAAGGCUCGGACUGCUUUCUCAGACCAUCAGCUCAACCAGCUGGAGAGGAGCUUCGAGAGACAGAAGUAUCUGAGCGUCCAGGAUCGCAUGGACCUGGCAGCGGCCCUCAACCUGACAGAUACCCAGGUCAAGACCUGGUACCAAAACAGGAGGUAAGGGCAAGGUCACUAUUGGUAGACUGGCACCGAAACUGGCAUGGGGUAUAGCUGGCUGUUAUGGCAUAGUGACUGACAAAGUGACAAACAGAGUGACUGACUGAAACUGGGACUGACAAAGGGACAAACACAGAGGGGGACUGACAAAGGGACAGACAGAGUGACUGACCGACACUGGGACUGACAAAGGGACAGACAGAGUGACUGACAAAGAGACAGACAAACAGGGUAAUUGACACAGAAACUCUCACAGAUACGUACAUAGCCAGUGAUUAAUACUGAGGCUGAAUGAGUCACUGACUGACACAGGGAUGGACACAGAAACAUUCUUAGACAGGGACUGACACUGGGACAGAGAGUUACUGAGUGACACAGGGACUGACACAGAAACAUUCUUAGACAGUGACUGACACUGGGACAGAGAGUUACUGAGUGACACAGGGACUGACACAGAAACAUUCUUAGACAGUGACUGACCCUGGGACAGAGAGUUACUGAGUGACACAGGGACUGACACAGAAACAUUCUUAGACAGUGAAUGACACUGGGGCUGAAUGAGUCACUGACUGACACAGGGACUGACAGAAACAUUCUUAGACAGUGAAUGACACUGAGACAGAGAGUUACUGAGUGACACAGAGAUUGACACCGAGACAUACACAGCCAGUGGCUGGUACUGGGACAGAGUCACUGAUUUACACUGAGACUGGCACAGAGACAUACUUAGACAGUGACUGACACAGAGACACACAUAGACAGCAAUCCACAAAGGGAUAGACAAAGAGGGUGAAUGUCUUCCAUUGAGUCUAACAUGGAGACUUACACUGGGACAGACACAGAGACAGACUUUGACAAUGACUGACACAGAGACAGAAUGACAAUGACUAUAACAGAGACAGACAUGACAGCUACCUAAAUAGGGAUAUACGCAGAUGUUGACUGACUGACACUGGGACAGAAAUAGUGACAAUGGAUUGACAUAGGGACAGUCACAGAGGGUGACUGACACAGAGAUAGCCGCAGACAUUCGCAGAGGGGGACCGACUGACACUGGGAAACAUUCACUGGAAUUGGCUGGCACAGAAAUGGACAGAGAGACUGUUACAGAUGGUGACUGACAAACUGACACUGAUUGACAUAAUGGCAUAGAGAAUGAUUAACACAUAUGAAGACACUGACACAUAGACUCACAUAUAGCAUUACUGAAACUGACACCACCAUUGUUUAUGUCAGACAGUCCCUGUGACAGGCACUGGGACUGACACAGAGACAAGUCAGGGGAUGGGUGACAGAGACAGGCACAGGUAAAAGUGAGUAAAAAACAAACAAUAAAAAAAAGACCUAGAUUACAAAACAGAGACACACAGUGUGUUGCUACAUAGAUACAUACUGACAGAGCCACGAAAACAACAUAUGGAUAGACUGCGUUAUAUCUGCUUGAGACAGAGGCGGUGAUGGAGAGACAGAUAAGGUGAAAAACCUAAGGACAUGGAGAUAGGUUUAUCCAUUUUCCGGCCAGACAUAUUAGAUACAAACAGAUACACACGAAGGACACUGGGACACAAACCAUCACAGAACAGACAAAACAGACACAGUGACACAUCUAUACACAGAAAGUCCGAACCGAUGACUUAAAGGCUGCAGUUAAACGGAAGAGACACAAUGCCAGAGAUACAGUUCUGUCUAGCUGUGGAACACAACUCCCAAACUGCCCAGACAGCAUUAUGGUUGAAUACAAAAAUAGUAAGGGUGAUGUUGGCAACAGUUGAAACCCCCAUAAUCUUUCUAUCCAACAAAAAGCUGCUCUGCAUUUUUCUUUUAAAUUAUAUUGGUGGAUUAAUUAGUUGUAUAAAUUAAUGGGUGCAUUCCUUAAACAGUGCCCACUGACCUGCAGAAUUUAGGCCAACAGAUAUGAGUUGGAGAUUUUCCAGAAUGUGACUUUGUUUGUUAACUCAUCACAUCUCACCCUUUAGUGACGAAUACACCUCCUUAAUUUUAUAACUGCAAACACAGCCCACAGGUGUAUCUGGCUAUUUGAUUACUAGACGGAGGUGAAAUAUCUCAGCUCCAAAUUGUGUUAAAUCACACAAAUAAAUAUAUUUUCUUUUUUGAUCUACUAAAUAUGUCGCCUGUCUUAACAUUAAUCGUUGUAAGAAAAUAAUGUUAAGGAGUAAUCACACACUGUAAUAUAAAUACGUUAAUUCAUUCAUUCAUUAAUUAAUUCGUUCAUUCAUUUACCAAAACAAAAACAUGUAAAUGAUGAGUAAUUCAGGCACAAACAGAAAUUGCAGAAUGAACUGUCAGUAAAGCUUACAUUGAAUCCAGAAAAAGGGGGCCCAAAAUCCAGUUUAUCUAUCCCUUGGUACUUUCGUGGGUGUUUCGUAUUCAUAAAAGAAUUCCUCAUACUGCACAUAACGAGAUAAGUGCAGCUAAUUAAUAUCUUCAAAGAAAGAAAAAAAAAUCAACUAAUAUACACAUGAAUAAAUAAUGACAAAAUCUUGAUUACAAAACUAGGGACAUGUUAGUCUUCCUGUGUCAUAAGAACACACUGGGAAGAAAUCCCACUGCAAAUUAAUUAGGCAGUACUGCACCAGAUAUGUGUUUUUAUUAUAAUUCAAUUAUAAAAUAAUUUUUAUUUUUUCUAAACAACAAUUUUAUGCAGGCCCCACUAUUUUAAUUAAACAAACAAAAAAAAUGAUAUAUAGAUAUAUAUGUAUCUUUUACUAAUCUGUAAUCAGCCUUAAUUUUCUUGUGGUUGGGUAGUUAAGUUUUUUUUUUUUUUUUUUAAUUUACAAGAAAAUGAGGUGCAGUUGUAUUUUCCAUAAUUUUCUGUCUCAUUACAUACAGUUUCAGCCACCCUAAUUCUGUCGAAAAACAUUAAUGUCAUCUAUUUGCAAUCUAAACAGUUUGCCAUUGGUGUGUUUAGUAAUUCCGCCUUGCUACUCUGUAGCCACUUGCUCGCAGGCUUUAAGAGACAUUCAAAUUUGGCAGAAAGAUUAAAUAAAUGCGUGAAUAUUUUUGUCAGAAAUUAGUUUUAUAAAUUGUCAAAGCACAGACAGGAAAAGUAGUGAUAUUUAACUGCUUGCUUCGUUCUGAUCUCUGCUGACUCGUGGUAUAUUUUGAGCUGCAGGCUUUAGUUGAAGUUGUUGAGGAUGAGUGUGAAUAUAGAAAGUUAUCAUUGAAUUCAAAUAAAUGAUAAUUUAAUUAUACAGCAUAUAUAUAUAUAUAAUGCUCACACAAUUUUAGCGUAAAUAAGUCAAUGGGAAAAUGCAAUAAAACCUUAGACAUCCUUUGUCUUUUAUUUGUAAUAUAAGGCGAUUUAAAACACAAACAAACCAACAAACAAAAACAAAAUAAAAUCAGUAUAAGAUAUAUAUAUAUAUGUAUUUAUAUAUUUAUUGCCUGGCUGUAUGACUCAAAAAAAACCUUAAACGAAACAAAAUGUAUGUAAAAUUGUAGGAAAAACACAAAUAAAAUCAGAACACAUCUAUGAUUAUUACCGAUUAGGGAUAGGAAAGGAAUUAUUGGGUACUUUCAUUGUUCCUUAUUUAGAUAAUUCCUCACCAUACGGUGCAGCGACUAAACCCUAUAAAAGAAGUAAAAAUCCCAGAUAACUAAAUAAGACUAAUUCUAACAGAAAUGUAGCCCAAUCUAGGCUAAUAAUUUGAAUAAUCUUUCCUGUUUGUGAUUUUAUAACUUGUAUCUGUUUUCCUGCUUGCCUUAUUAGAAUUGUAAUCUUUUUUUUUUUUUUUUACUGUUUUGUGAUAUUAUUAUUUGUAUCACCUUUACUGUUUUGUGAUAUUAUUAUUUGUAUUCGAACAUUACUGUGUGAUAGUAUAAAUUGUUGUGUUUCGGUUUUGACUAAUUUUGAGGGUCUUUUAAAAUAUUCUGCUCCUGCCAUGAAUUGUUUCACAAAAUAAAGUUCUCCCCUUUGAUGUGUUUUGCUUUAGGACAAAGUGGAAGCGUCAGACAGCAGUUGGUUUGGAGUUAUUGGCUGAAGCUGGCAAUUAUUCGGCUCUCCAGAGAAUGUUCCCCUCUCCAUACUUUUACCACCCCAGCCUGUUAAGUAGCAUGGACAGCACUACUGCUGCAGCCGCCGCUGCAGCCAUGUAUAGCAGCAUGUAUAGGACUCCUCCAGCCCCUCAUCCUCAACUACAGAGACCUCUGGUCCCCAGGGUUUUAAUCCAUGGCUUGGGACCUGGAGGACAACCAGCUCUUAAUCCGCUGGGGAACUCAAUCCCAGGUACCCCUCACACACGGUGAAACCAACACUCCUUCCCAGCACUAUCACAUCCUUACAGACCCCUUUACAGAAUCCACAAGGACAAACAAAAUACCAAAACUCUGGGGACAUAGAGAUGGCUUAAAAAUCAGAAGGACAGGUGAAAGAAUUUAUGGAACCCACCAACAUCAUCAUCUCUUGAACAUCCAGGAGGGACAUUAGCACUGGCAACUGAGUGUUUAAUGAUUAAGAAAAUGAACAGUUCUUUCUCGGAAAGUGGUUCAAGAAGAGCUAUCAGAGCAUGGAGAUAAGGUUAUCUGCAGAUGAGAAUGGUAUGCCUUGUGUAGGACACUCCAUACUAGACAAAGGAGGCAGAAGAAAGACUUGAGUCCAAAGGCAAGUGGAAAGAGCUCUGCCCCACAGAAAGACGAGGGAAUGUAGAAAAGAGGGUAUAUGAGAACUUUGCACUGAACGUGUGUGUGCUUUUUCAUUCUGAAAGUAGCAUGCUCAGUAAUAUAAAAUGUACAUUUGAAAAAAAAAAGACUGUGAUAUAUCAUAUUUAUUAUAUGUUGUCUUUAAAAAAAAGGAAGACAGAAAAAGUCACUACUCUACAUUGAUUUUCUUUUCAUUUGGAGCAAGUCAAAUAAAUGCUUAGAUGAAGGAUAUAGAUUUUUUUUUUGGUGAUUGAAUUUAAACAAGAAAAAAAACAAAACAAAAAAAAAAACAAGACUAAACAAAUCUAUCUUUUUUAACAUUUGCU